AAGAAAGCAUGAAGGAGGGUUGAAGCUGGAAGGGGAAGGGGAAGGCAGAUGGGGACUUGGGCAGAUGCACAGGGAGCACUGUUUUUUUCCCUGAGAGAAGAUUGUAGACACUGCAGGACAUGGUUGACAUUGACACCGAGGUGAACUGAUUCAUUUCUUCUGCCUAGAAAUGACUGGAACCUUGCUUAGAGUACUCAUACUCUUCUUGCUGGAGGUGAUAUGUGAGGGUGAGCCAACGCGUGUUGGGCCAGAAACAAUGCUGCACCCCCAUGAGCAAGACAAGCUGGUCCAUCAAACAUCAAGAUGGGUGCUGAAGCUGUUUAAUGACUCGCUUCCCUUUUCCAGAGCUGAGAGUUUCUGCAGAGGUCAGUUCAGUUCUCUCAUCACCCUGGAACAGUCAGAGGACAAGGAAGAAACUGUUGAGCUCCUUCGGCAGAUUGGAUUUCGCUCUCCAGUCUGGGUCAGAGAUCACAACAGAUCAGCCUCCAAGAUGGUAGCUCUCUCCAGGCAAUAUUUAGAGUUCUCAGCUCUAAAAUUCCCAAAGGAAUCCCAUGAAGGCUUUGCUCGUGUGACAGUGUCCUUUCCUGUCCUGUCAUCUAUCAGCGUGUGUGUUCGAGUUCAGUGGAACACAGACUGGAAUGAUGUAUCCACAGUCUUCUCCUAUGCUGCACCUGUUCUGACCAAUGAGUUUCAGCUACGAGGCAGAGUUGACAUGCAAGGUCAUAUCCACCUGGCACUUAUAAUCCAUGGAAAGCACUUUCCAUAUAAGGCGUCUUUUGCAAAUGAUGGUGCAUGGCAUCACAUCUGUGUCACAUGGAGCCGGAUCAGCAAUCACUGGGCUAUUUAUGUGGAUGGGGACAGGAAAGACAUGGGCUCUGGAACAGACAUGGACCGGGAUAUACAUGGUGAUGGUAUUCUUAUCCUUGGCCAAGACCAAGAUUCGUUUGGGGGCAAUUUCACAGAACCCUUUUUUGGAAACAUCACUGACCUGAAUAUUUGGAACGUUGCUUUGGAAACCAUACAUGUCCGUGCCUUAAAUUUAUGUUUGGCCACGAUACAGGAAAAGUUUUUUAGUUGGAACCUCAGCCUCAUAAACAGCCAUCAUGUGGUCAAAGAGGUGCAGGCCUCUUUAUUCUGUCCAGCUGUACACCAGCAGAUGGAGCUACAGGGCUGCAGGACAUUGCAGGGCUGGUCAGAUCAGCUGCCUCCCUUGGGCUGGACAGACUGCUCCGAUUUUCUGCCUUUCAUCUGCAGGAGCAGCCCAGAGCGGCACCACAGGAUGGAGCAGAUCAGUAAGUCUCAGAGCAGCCAGCCUUCUGCCUUCAUGAAUCAACUGAUGAAGCUUUCCAACAAAAGCCAGCCGGUGCUUGUACAGCAGCCAUCGGGGCUGGACAGCUUGGCCCAGGCUUCGGCCCUGCUCAACAUCUCUGUCCAGGCACUGGAAGACACGCAGCAGGAGGGACUGCAGCCAGCGGACAUGGUGACGCUCAUUCAGCUGCUGAUGCUGACUGCUGACAUUUCCUCUGAACCGUCAAUUUGUGCUGGAAACAGCAGCCAUGGCAACAUCCAGGAGCUCAGUCAGCACUUCAUCAGUGUGGCUGACAGCAUCAUCAGAGAAGACAAUGCAGACAAGUGGCAGGCCAUCAAAGAGGUAGUGAACGGUCCCAUGGACGUUGUGAAGAGUAUCGACCGGAUGGUGACCCGAUUGAGCCCGAGCUUGACAGCAGACACUGACCAUGUGACCAUUCACAGCCCAAAUAUCAAACUGGAGUUGCAGCAACAACAACUGAAGGAAGGAUCUAAAGUACUGAGUUUCUGUGGGCCUGGGUCAGAGGCAAAGAGCAUUCUAGACUGCAUUUCUGUUCCGCAUCAGAAGAUACAGGAUCUUCAGAACAAUGGCUUCUAUAAGAUCACCUUGAUAAGCAUGUGGUAUGGCUCUCUGCGACCACAUUUUAAUCCAGAAGAGAACAUCACUAUGGAGCCUACUGUCAAUGAUGGCAGCCAGAGGUAUCUGGGCACAGUCCUCGGCUCAUCUGUUAUAUCCACCACUGUGCUGGGAGAUGACCACCCAGUGAGCAUGGCAGUUCACUUCCAGCUCCAGCACAAAGUACAGAAUUCCAUUGAUGCUGUAUAUGAUCCAGUGUGUGCAUUCUGGGAUUUUGAUCUCACUCCGGAGGCUGGUGGGUGGUGGAAUACCAAAGGCUGCGAGGUUGUGUCUAAACAUUAUGGAUACACUGUUUGCUACUGCAACCACACCACCAAUUUUGCUUUGCUGCUGCAGGUUUAUGAAACUCAGAGGACCCCAGAGAACGAAAAAGCUCUGCAGGUCCUCACGUUCAUUGGCUGUGGAGUGUCUCUGUGUGGCCUCCUCUUCACCUUCAUCCUCUUCAUUGCUGUAGGAGUCCCGAAGUCAGACCGAACCACUGUUCAUAAAAACCUGAUAGUUGCCCUGGGCUUUGCAAAGCUCCUGCUGAUGUGUAGUGACUGGGCAGCAGAGAACCAGGCAGCAUGUUUCAUGGUGACCACUCUACUUCACCUCUUCUUCAUGGCAUCCUUCUGCUGGAUGCUGGUUGAGGGUCUUCUUCUCUGGAGCAAAGUGGUUUCUGUCAACAUCAGCGAGGACCGCAGGAUGAAACUCUACUACGUCAUAGGCUGGGGACUACCUGUUCUGAUAGUUGGACUAACAUUGGUGAUAUCAAGGGGCGAAUACAAGGCUCAAGAUCACUGCUGGCUCAGUGUAAAAACUGAUACUAUUUGGGCCUUUGUGGGACCAGUUAUAUUUGUCUUGAUGGUCAAUGCAGUUGUGCUGUGCCGUGUUGUCAUAGUGACCGUUUCCAGUGCUCAUCGCCGUGCUAAGAUGCUCAGUCCAAGCUUUGCAUCAAAAAUGCAGACCUUCGACCUCACCUGGGCUGUGACUCGCCCAGUUCUUAUCCUGCUCCCUGUCCUGGGUUUGACAUGGAUAUGUGGAGUGCUGGUCCAUCUGUCUGUGGUAGUCAGCUAUAUGUUCAUUGUCCUCAAUUCCUUCCAAGGCCUGUAUAUCUUCUUAGUGUAUGCUGUUUACAACAGUGAGGUGAGGAAUGCCAUAAAGAGGAUCAAGGAAAAGAGAAAGGCCCUAUCUUUCACGAACUGCUCCCAGCCUACCAGCUUCUUACCCUCCCAGAGGGCUCCAAUAACCCCCUGGAGCCGGAGUCCCCCAACCUCCUCCAGCCCAGAAACAAGUGAGACCUCUGGACCCUUCAGUUCCACUUCCACAUCGCUAGUCAUCAAGAACGAGAGUUUCAAAAAGGAAAGCUUUGUCAGUUUCUCUUUGAGACAGGCAUCAGGAAACCAAGUGGUGCAGCUGACUGGGUUUAAGUCAUCAGGUUCUUGAGCUGCAGAUGGGGAGGAUCGCCUCUGUAUGCCACACACAUACACACACCCACACAAACACACACACAAACACACGCACAAUGGAUGAAGACCAAGAAGACAAGAAUAAAAAGAGGAAACUCCACCUCCAUCCACUGUCAUCUAUCCAAUUGAUCUUAUCAGCUCAUUCCUUAUCUAAUAACUCACUUGUGCAAUAUUUCUCAUUUCUUGUGUAUAGCUGAAGUAGUGAAGAAGCUUAAAUUCUCAGUGAGGAGUUCUGUUAAUCUUUCAAACCUGCAGAAAUAUUAUCUUUUUUUCACAUUCUUCAGUUAAAAACAGGAACCUUUCACUAUUCUAAGCUGGGCCCAGAUUUGGAUUAUCCCAUCCCAGUAACCCUGCAGUGGAUGUGAGCACCAUUAGCCUGGCAAUGAACCUGGACUGAUGUACAACUAACUGAUUUUAAACUGUUUUAUCGUUUAAUGUCUUUGUUUCUACAUAUUUCUGAGGUCUUUUUAAAGAGAGAGGGUUUUCAAGGUUUAGCGAGGUGAAUAAUCCUUUUUUACCAGCAGUCAUUGGCAUCUUUGCUACCCUUCCAUUCAGUUUUUAACAUAUUAAUUAUCAGCAUCAAUGUCAUAUGUAUUUUGGAGCUUUAUGAUGCAAUGCUUUGCCAGGGUGGAAUGAUUCUGCAGCAAACAACUUACAACAAUACAUGUUAAAAGCAGGAAUUGGGUGCACAAGUUUGAUUUUAAUUUUGGUUUUUUUCAUUAUCAAAGGAUCAAAAUUAAGUAACAGGCUUAACUUCCACCACUAUUUGAAAUGUCUUAUUGGCAAGUUACAAUUCAAUCACACACUUCAUGGAGCUUUAUCCACUCAAAAACCAGUUUUCAUUUCUGUUUGGGAUCAUUGUCCUGUCAGAACCUUCAAUGUGUGCUCUUGUCUCAGCCAAUUCCAGGCACUUAGUGUGAUGUCACCAGCACCAUCCUCAAAAGUUUACAUAAUGUUCUUAGGUUUGAAAGCCCCAUGUUGACUCAUCCAAACAUAUUUCUUAUGGGUAAGAAGAGGCACACCUGUGGAUGUAUUUUAAGCCAUUAUCACCUAAAACACAUUGCUUCCCUGUGUGACAUCAUGUGAAAUCAAAAUAUAUCAAGCAAGAUUUCAGAUACACAAUUGUGGACAUGUUCAUCUAUUCAGACAAUUACUAUAUACACAACUAAACAGUACUGAAUUUUCCAGCCAUCAGCGUGUUCAAGAAGUUGGGCUCUGUGUCAUACAGAUGAAUCUAUGUGAUGGGGGAUGUGCAACUCAACCUCCGAACAAGGAAAAAAUACUUUAUGAAGAUACUGCUGAAGCUAGGAAGUGUGUCAUCUACAGUCAAACGAGUCAUGUACCAACAUGAGCUGAAAGGUUACUCAGAGAGGAAUAAACCAUUACUGUCAAAGCAACAUUUAAAGCCAAAUUACAGUUUGAAAAUGCACUCAGAGACAGAGACCUUAAUAUUUGGUGUAACAAAAAAAAUUUAAGAGUUUGACCAUAAUGAUCAAUGUUACAUUAUUACAGGAAAAAGUGGAAGCUUACAAGCCUUAGAACUCCUUCCCAACUUUGGAAUAUGGAGGUGGCAGCAUCAUCUUGUGGAUGUUUUGCAGCAGGAGGAACGGGUGUAUUUCACAAAAUAGAUGGAAUCAUGAAAAUUAACACAAUGUGGUAGUAUUAAACCAAAAUCAAAAGACAUCAGCCAGGAAAUUAAAGUUUGAUCACCAAAAGGACUUCCAAAUGGACAAUGACCCAAAGCAUAUCACCAAAUGAUCUACAAGUGGCUUAAGGACAAAAAAGUCAAUGUCUGGAUGUGGCCAUCAUAAAGCUGUGAUCUGAGUCCCAUUUCUGGGCAGAGCUGAAAAGGUGUGAGGAAGGCAGCCUACGAACCUGACACAGUUAUUCCAGUUCUGUCAGAAGAAAUGGGCCAGAAUUCAAGCAAAGUAUUGGGAGAAGUCUGUGGAGGAAAUCCAAAAUGUUUGACAUAAGUCAUUCAAUUUAAAAGGCGAAUAAUAAGGAAAUGAACUUCUGACUUUGAAGAACAUAAAUCAAAAUUCUCUCUUUCUCUCAACAUUCUGGCAUUUAUCAAACAGAAAUAAUUUCUGCAAUCAUAACUAAUCUAAAAUAAGAAAAGCGAGGAAAGGAAGGUUAUGUGUCUCCUCAUGCCGUGUAUGCACAUAUCUGGCUUCAUCAAUACAGUCCAAAUUCAUUUCAGAUCACUCCAGCUCAUUGCAGUCUAAUGUAAUCAUAGACAUAAAUCCAAUAAGUCCAGUUCAAUUCUAAUUAUAAUACAAAAAUAUAAAACAAUUUGACCUUCCUUCUAAGUCUAUUUACUCCUUGUUGUGUUUCAAUCUUGACAAAAUUGUUUUUCAAAGCAAAAAUAUAGGUUAUUCUGUAGAAUCAGCAAUUAGUUUAUAGAUGUAUGUACAUCUCUGAAUUCAAAUGUUAGCAGUAUUCUCCACUCAAGAUGUUACAGAGGAAGAUAGCACAGUUGGAUUCUCAUGGGUUUUGGAUGAACUCUGCUUUAAUUAUUUUCUCAGUGUCUGAGCCUGAAGUCACCAGUGAAUUUUGACAUUAGACUUGUAUCUUCAUACUUUAAACACAUCAUAAAAAUGUCAUGUUAAAUAUCCUGUAUGCAACAAGACCUAUGUUUUUAAUGAUUAGGUUAGAUCUGAGGCAGAAAGGAAAUAACCUGUAAAUAACCAUUAAAAUGUCAUGUAAAAUCUUCCCUGCCAAUAUAUUUAUAAUACUUUUAUUCACACCAGAUAUCUGUAAAAAAAAUAAUAAGUUAGUUCACAAAUUGAGUAAUAUGUAAAACACUGAUAUGACAAAUUAAAUAAGUAUUAAACAUUUAAGAAAAGGAUGUGCAAAAAAGCAUCAAGAGCUAAGAAACAUCCUGAAAUCUGUCUUCAUUUAGAAAGCAUGGCUGCUGCUAAAUCAAUAUCAGCUGGUUUAAUAAAGCUCUGCACAUAGAGUAUUAUGAUUGUUAAAAGAAACAGGCUGUCAUAGAAAAGACCUACUGUUGUAAAACUUACUAUUGGCAAUGGUUAUGCAUUUCUAAAUGUCUGAAAGUUCAAAUGAGCACCAUUGGAUUUAUAUUCUGGGAGUGAAAAUUAAUCUCACCACAAACCAGCCCAGUCUGGUGCUCCUCACAAAAUUUCUGACAGAUGAGUCAAAGCAACAGAAUAGCAAUAUAAAUAGAAAUAUCCUUUAUUGUCCCACUGAGGGGACAUUCAGGUAUAUCAGCAGCAAAGUAAAAGUACACACCAAGGUCAAAUUUAUUACAAAAGAAUUCUGUAUGGUACAGGAAAACAAGAAAAAAGGUUUACAGUUAUUAAAAAUGGCAUACUCUGAUUAAAUGAGAUGUGCAACUGA